AUGGAAUCACCAAUUCAACAUCAUCAUAAUCAUCAUAACCAACAACAUCCAAGUGUCAAAUUUAAUGACAAGGUAGAAGUCCAACACAUUACCAUUCCUCCUUCACCAACACCAUCGUCUUACAGUGGCAAUCAUAGUGUGUCACGUUCAGAAUAUGAAAGAGUUGAAAAGAGAAACCAAUUUUUGGAAAAGGAAUUGGAAUAUGUAAAGGGAGAGGUUCAAUCCACCAGAAGAAUCCUAAGUGAACGUGAAGAAUUACUUCUCCAACUACAAUGGGAUCAAGAUGACCCUAAAAUAGACUUGGAAGGACAAAAGAAAAAGAAAAAGUCCAAGGAAAGAUACCAAACCGAAGAGAAACAACAAAUCGAUAGACUACGCCAACAAAUGCGUCUCAUGGAGAAUGCAUUGGCUGAACGUGAUCUCAACAUUUCUCGUCUACACAAGGAACUAAACGACACCAAGGUUGUCCAUCAACAACAAAUAGAAAUGCUCCGUCAACCAGUCCAAAGAAGCAAGACUAGCUGGGGAUUCCGUUCGUCACCUUCUUCCUCUCCACUAGGCUUUAAACCAUCGCCAGGUUCUAGUCCAGCCAUCAUGGACACUAGUCGUAUCAACGGUGGAAAUUCACCAAUUGGAACACCCAUGGCUCCAGGUCCCAACUUUCAAUCACCAUCAUCCUCAUCACCAAACAGUCCAGCCACCUCUUCACCACUCGCCUCCUCCUACGCCACUGCCUCCUCUCCAGUGCUAGACUCUAAUGAUUUCAACAAAAAGAUGAAUAAGAAACCAAGUCUCUUUUUCACCUUUAAAAAGGAUAAAAAGAAAACUCCUCAUUCAAAUAUUCAAGAUGCUAAUUGGAAUCAACCUACUACUAUUGCAAAUUAA